GCGAGCUAGUCAGAGACGUGCCGCCUUUCGGGCCCUAAGCAUCGUUGGACGCGCGUCCUCGCCAGCCAGCCGGCUCUUCUUUCCCUCUGCUCCACUCACCUGCCAAUCAAGCCGUCGUGCUAAUCUCUCGGAUUGUUGUUAUUAUGCGCCGCAGGAAGCUGUGAGCCGACAUGCUGCUGCUGAUCGUGUUGUUCCAUUGAGUCACAUUGCUGACAGUGAUUGCGUCGCUGGUUUAAUUGAUUUGCGUUUCUUCGCCGGCACCGACAGCCUAAUCGCAACAUGCGUCGAUCCGUCGCUGCACUCGUGCUGCUCUGGAUUUCCUUCAUCCACCUCCACUUCACGCAAGGGAGUGCGAUAAUAGAUCACCACACACCGUACUGGGAGCAGCCAUUCUCGCAGCCUUACUUUGAGAACUCGACCAAGCGUGAUACCACCACGACUGUCGGACAAACAGCCUACCUCCACUGUCGAGUGCGCAACUUAGGCGAUAGAGCUGUGUCGUGGAUAAGAAAACGCGAUCUUCACAUCCUCACCGUGGGCAUCCUGACGUACACGAACGACCAGCGCUUCCAGUCGCUGCACUCAGACGGCUCAGACGAGUGGACGCUGAAAAUCAGCUCACCGCAGACCCGUGAUUCUGGAGUCUACGAGUGCCAAGUGAGCACGGAGCCAAAAAUCAGCAGCGCUUUUCGGCUCAGCGUAGUUGUGUCGAAAGCCAAGAUCCUGGCCAACCCUGAGCUAUACAUCAAAAGUGGCAGCGACAUCAACUUGACGUGCAUCGUUCUGCAAACACCAGAGCCGCCGUCGUUCAUAUAUUGGUACCACGGUAAUCACGUCAUCAAUUAUUCACAACGCGGAGGCAUCAGCGUGGUGACGGAAAAGCAGCCGCGCACCUCGCGCCUCCUCAUCUCGCGCGCGCACGCCAACGACUCCGGCAACUACACGUGCUCGCCCUCCAGCUCGGACUCUGCAAGCGUCAUGGUCCACGUCCUUAAUGGGGAGCACCCGGCGGCGAUGCAGCAUGGAAACAGCGGCGGAGCAACCACGGCGGUGGCCGUCUCGCUGUCCCUGCUCACCUCUUCCCUGCUGACGGGCCAACUGCUGCGUGGGGUCACCAGGUGAUAAACGUGCAGCCAGUGCUGAUCAGACCAACUAAUGCAAAGUGCACGGCCCGUGAUUGAUUGAGAGAGCUGCUGCCGCUGAUUGAUCGCGGGGGACCAAGUUCGGCGGGCCCUUGACCGAAAGGCCCCGUGGGGCGAGCUGGGACUCAAGAGGGGAGCAAGACUAACCAAGAACCCUAUCAAAGUGUAUCGAUAUAGUGCAUCAUUCGCUGUUGGCCCAGUGCGUGAAUGCCGAGUGAGUGCCGAGUGAAAAUGAGCAGUCAGAGAUGAAUAUUUCAAUGCAGGGUUUUAUUUUGGCUAUAUACUUAACUGAGUGAAAUCAGUCACCAUGAGAUCAUGUUUCCUUGUUUCGUACCUGAAUUUAUAAAUCCACUGUUUGUUGAAUUGUAGUACUUACGGCAUCAUACUCAUAAAAUGUAUAACGGGCUACUAUUAACUUUGGGAUGUCGAUAAGUGAGAAUUUGAAGACGUACCAUUGUAAUCAAGUGUAACAUUCCCAUCAAAAAGUUGUUAAAAAAAUAACUAGAGUGGCCCACCACCUCAAAAACUACAUAAUAUAUAAAUGGUCACAUUGGAUUACAUGAUAAAUCGGCCGGAUUGUCUAAAUUAGAAAUGCAAUUUGAGAGAACUGAUCUAUAUUUUGUUGAACAUGAAUGCAGUGCUAACUAAUAAUGUCUGAUGAUCCCAGCCUUUAUAGAGAUUAUCACGAACCUCUUGAUUGACACGAUUUAUAGUACGCUUACUUGUCAGAUGCCCAAAUCUUCUGUAAAAGUUUCUUUAUUUAGUUUCAAACAUAUCAUCAUCUCAUACGAUGCCAAAAUCUAAUUUGGAAUCAUUACGAUGUUCUGAAAUGAGAAAUCCCACACUUAAUUUGAGUGGCUGAAGUUCAAUUUUUGGUGUUCAUAGCAGGGCAAAUGAUUUUAUCUCUCUACAUCUUCUGGUUCAAAAUGUGUGAGGUUUCUAGUGAUGGAGCAAAAGUUUUUUAUCCGACAGCAAGUAUGAUGUAAUUGUAAAUAAUAAAUACAUAUUUAAAAAUUCUAUGACAGUGUGACCUGCGGGGAACAGCACAAAAUGCAAUGAUGGAUUCAAAACAAAAUCUGGUUACAUGGCACGCAAUUUGUGAUUUCAUCUGGAUCAUGAACAAAACCAGCAUUUGUGAUUUAUUCAGACCGUUCUGUGUUUGUGUGUUUGGGACGGAAUUUAAAAGAGACAAUUUCCAAUGACCGCAAUUUCGACAUAUUCACAAAAGCCAUCCUAAAAUUUAUAUUCCAAACACCUUCAAUGAUAUUGUGUGUUAAUUGUAAAAGGUCAGUUUUGUUUCCGGAUUUACGCCUUUUUGUACAAAAGCUCAUAAAUGUGCACCACGCAGGCUAAAACAAAUUGAUUGAUACCCUUUGACUUCCAAUAAAUUUGUGGUGCGCAGGAAGCCAUCAAAUAAAUAUGCGCAGCAGUGUUUGGCGCCCCUCAAAAUUAAUUGUUUCCGUUGUCAUGAAAACAAUUUGAAUAAAAAGUAUCAUUUGACGAAUUAAUAUCCUUUGAUUGAAAUUUAAAAUGGGAGGAAAAAUUAAAAGAUUUUGUGUAAUACAUUUGAACAGUA